GGUAGGUCACUUGUCCAAAAUGACAGUUUCAGUAUUACCUAACCUCUUUUUUCACUCUCUUUCGGGCAACUUUAGAAAAAUCGCACAAUGCCAAAGAUAUUUACUCCAACAAAUCAACUUCGGCUAACAAACGUAGCCGUAGUGCGAUUAAAAAAGACAGGCAAGAGGUUUGAAAUCGCCUGCUAUCGUAACAAAGUAAUGGCAUGGCGCAAUAAUCUCGAAACCGAUAUAGACGAGGUAUUACAAACGCAUACCAUCUUCGCCAAUGUAUCCAAAGGCCAGUUUGCUAAAAAAGAAGACGUGGUGAAAGCAUUCGGCGAUAAAGACGAAACGGAAAUAUGCAAGGAAAUUCUAACGAAAGGCGAACUACAAGUGUCCGAUAAAGAGCGAGAAAGCAUGUUCGAAUCGCAAUUUAAACAAAUAGCUUACGAAGUAUCGACAAUGUGCGUUAAUCCGACGGCCGAUUGUCCUUAUCCGCCGGCGAUCAUUGAAGCUGCAAUGAGAGACUCUCACUACUCCGUUAAGCCGCAUCACAAUAUUAAACAGCAGGCGUUGGCUGUAAUCAAGUUGUUAAAAGGGUUCAUGCCGAUCGAGCGUGCUCAAAUUAAGCUAAGCAUAUCAUUUGUGAAUAAAGACGGCGAGAAGUUUACAGAGAGCUUUGGUAAAGUAAAGUCGUUAAGAGUGGAGAAUGAAGUUAAAACCGAUUAUUCGCACACAUAUGUGGUGCUUGUGGAACCUGAUCAUUUUAAGGAGAUUGAAGAAAUUGCAAAAAAGGAAGGCUGCUUGCUGGACGUGUUAUCAAAUAGAGAAAUGGGGAGUAGCUCCAACUGUCCAAACUGAUUUUAUUGGUCAUUAAUUUUUUCUAUAUAUAGCCCAUUGUUACUUCUCAAAUCUUGUUUGUGUAUUUUACGCAUCAUAAGACAUGUAUUAUUGUUGCUAAUAAAAGUAUUUAAUUUU